CCCCCCCCCCCCUUCCCCCCCCUUUACUGUCUGGAUUUUUUGUAGCCUAUUUAUAGAAUGGUGACCUCAGCAGACAUUUUCAUCUCAAUAGCUCAGAGGUUUCUCUGUUGUGGAAAAAAGAAAAGACAAAUUCCUCAUUCAUCAUGUCUGGAUAUAGCUGCGCAACUGAUUGCUGUUGAUCUGGGCCUGAAACCGGCUGUUCUGUAUGACCUUAAUGGCGCACAUGCAGACCAGAUCCAGCGAUACGUCAUCUCACUGCAGGAGGCCGGAGUACUGACAACAACACUCCAGAUAUUUUCCAUCAGUGGAAGCUGUCUUAUUGUAAAUUCUAACCUGUUGAAGGAACAUUUGAAUGAAGUGCUUAACAAAAACAGCAUCCUUGUUGAUGUGCGUUCAUGGAAGGAGCAGCCGUCUUUGAUUGCCAUGGAUGAUAGCACCAAGAGUAUGAUAAAGAACAUGUUGGACUUUUUAACAGAUGGUAAGGACCAGUCUGCAUCAGUCAGUGUGGUGGGAGAGGAACUUAUGCUGUCUGAGAGGUGGAACUUAUGCACGCUUUUUGGAAUCCUCCUGGGAUAUCCUGCUUCGUACUGGUUUGAUCAAGAGCAGAGUUUUGAGAAUUGUCUCAGUAUGACCCCACUGGUGGUAACUAAGGUUUGGGUUUGCUGGUCAGUCCGUGAUAUAAAGCACAGCAGUUGUCUUUACUCAUUCAGUGUCCCUGAGGUGUUGUGGGCAGAAGUGGAUACCUGUAUAAAAAACUGGGUGGAGUGUUUGAAAAGCCGAUUUCACAAACAGACAGUUUUGACUGAACUCAGUAUUUCAAAGGAAACAGUCGUUUUGCCCGCUGUAGCCCUCUGAUGAUGAUUUAGUUCUUUACAGCUUCAUUUGUGUUCAAUACAACCCUAAUGUUGUUGGGAAAACAAUUACAUACAUUUUAAGUAAAAUCUGUCAAUCUACUUUAAGUCUGAUAAUUUACUUGGUUUACAGUGUUACUCCUUAAAAGUCAUUGUAAGGGUAAAAGUAUUAUAGAGUACAGAUUCAAGUACAUCUUUUUCUUCUUUGUCAUACCUGCUACUGUGUUCCUCUUGUGCAUUUUAAACUUUGCUAAUGUCAUGCAUCAGACAUAUGGGCUUAAAUAUAUGAUCCCAAUAACAUGGACAUCCUCUUACAGACUCUAUGUACUCAUCUGGCAUGACUCUCACUAACUCAAAUGGGGCUAGGAGGAAAUCAGCCCUUGUCUCACUUCACACCAUUUUCUGUAUUAUUUCUCAUGACCAUAUGAUGUGCUAUUGUGAUUUAUUCCCAGAAAUCUUAAGUACUGCACUUAGCAAUGAACUGAAAAUAAAAUGGAACUUUACUGUAUAGUUGUGUAUUUUAUGUAUAAUAAAAAAAGACAGUGUUAACCCGGAUUUGUAAAAAUUCUAAUAAAUAUUUUCAUAAAUAUAUAUAAAUGCUACUAAAUCUGCCAUUGUGUGAAUAGUUUAGAGUGCACCAUCUGUAGGAUUGUGGAGAAACUGCAACAUGU